CUCCGGAUGUACCGUCAAUUUUUAUUCACAGGAAAAAAAAACAGCUGGUGUUGGAGAAGAAAAUACCACCGAAAAUGCCAGCCUCAGAGAGAGGACGCGAUCCUCUUGAUCCUCCACCCAAGAUUAGGAAGUUGGAUGAGGAUGUUGGCGCUAUUCAAAGUGAAGCUGCACCAGCUGCCAACAACACCUCCCUAAAAGAAAUGAAUAUGCAAGAGCAGACAGUUGCCCCGCGGACCAAGAGGAAACUGUCAUCCUCGUCGGAAGAGGGAGACAAACCAGCUAAGGCGUCCAGACGGGGUUCCCCUGUUCACAACUCCAGCAUACGCACUUUAGAUGCAUCCAUCAUGAACGCCACAAGUGCCUCCUGCGGAGAAGCUCCAUCUGAUAGCGCUAACUCCAAAGUUUUCUCUGCAGGGGUGACUUCCUCCGAGUCUGAUGACGAAACUAAGUCAUACCUCGCAGAGAGCGGCGAGACCUGCUGCAUCAGGCAAUAUCCUAACCAAGUCCCAGCAAAGCGCAAGGCUGAAGACGAGUUGUGUUGUGACUCGUUGGAGGUGAGUGAAGAGUUCCAUGUAGAGACACAGAUUGAUUACAGUUAUAGGAGAGCGUCAGAGUCGGGUCUUGACGGAACAGCAGAGGCAACUCCUGAUGAAGAAGAAAACUCAUCGACACAAAGACUGGAACGUGCAGCAAAGACAAACGAGUCAAAGGACACUAAUGGUUCUGAAACAGUGAGUAUCAAAUUUGCAGCUGAAGAAAAGGACGUAAAAGAAGCAGAGGACCAAACGCUGAUAGACGGCACAACCUCAGCGUCAUGUGCAGAAGUUGUGACAGACUCUAUCAAGAACCACAGCGGUUUAGCUAGCAAAGCUCUACCCUUGUCAUCAGAGGUAUUUUGUUCUAGCAGCACCAACCAACUACACCAGCACAGUACAGACAGACGGGCAGACGACCAACCAAAAUGUCAGAACAAUGAAUUAAAAGAGACGGUUUCCAGUGAAACAUGGCAACAUUGUAAACAGGAGGCAGUGGAAAUUGAGGGGCGUGAUGUCCUUGUGGGGUCUGAGGAGGGUCUUUGCAGUGAACAUCACCAACCCUUUCACAGCACCCCAGAAGAAGAAAUCUCAGAAAGUUGUCAACCUGAGAGUCAGAGUCCAGGGAGUCAUCCAUCAAUGGAGUCUGAUGGAUGCCCAGAAGGCCGCAUUGAAGAAAAUGUUCCAAUAACAGAAUCUGUAACGAGCCCAGAAAGCUGCAUUGAAGAACGUGUAACAGCAAUAUACGGCAACCCAGAAAGCCAGACUGAAGAAAUUGUAACAAAUACAGAGUGUGAUAACAACCCAGGAAGUCAGAUUGAGGAAAAAUUAACAACAAAGCAGUCUGGUUUCACCCCAGUGAGUCCAGCCGAGGAAGACAAAAGAGAGGAUCCGAUGCUUUCAACAGAAACUGAGCCACAAGAGGUCCAUGUUGGGGUUCAUAGCGCAGGAAGUCCAUUUGAUAGACACCUAGAGAAUCAACCUGAAGAAACGGCAACAGAAGAGUGUCGGUCCUGUGAAGAUCUACCAGAAAUGGAGUCUGAGGGGAAUCCUGAGAGUCCCACUAAAGAAAAUGUAACAUUGGUGGACUGUGAUGGAGAGAGUCACGUAGAAGAAAAUGUAACAGUAAUAGAAGAGAAUGUAAGAGACAGUCUCUUACCUUCAAGGAAGACUGAACCCACACCACAUGAGCUCAUACGUACCACAGUGUGCCCGUUUGAGGAGAACCAAAUGGAGUCUGAACGCAACCCAGAGAAUCAACCCGCACAAAGAUUAGUGGAAGAGAAUCGGCCCUGCGAUCAUCUACAAAACAUGGAGUCUGAUGGUAAACCAGAGAGUCUCACGAUAGGAAAUCAAACCUUUGACCUUGACAGAGACCAGCCUUGUGUGGAAGACCAGGUAACGGGUCUGUCACUUUCAAAGGAAAUGGAACCCACACCACAAGAGGUCCUCGUUGGGAUUCAUAGCACGGAGAGUCCAUUCGAUAGAAACCCAGAGAAUCAACGUGAAGAAGCAUCAAUGGAAGAGAGUCAGUCCUGUGAUGAGCUACCACAAAUGGAGUCGGACAAUAAACUGGAGGGUCUCACUCAAGAAUGUCAAACAUUAGAUCCUGACAGAGAGAAGCCUUGUGUGGAAGAACAUCUAAUAGUGACAGAAGAACCUGUAACAGUGACAGAAGAACCUGUAAUAGUGACGGAAGAACAUCAAACAGAAUGUCUGUCACUUGUAAAGGAAGUGGAACCCAUGCCACAGGAAGGCCUCAUUGGGAUUCAUAGCGGCGAGAGUUCAUGUGAUAGAAACCCGGAGAAUCAACCAGAAGAAACGGCUAUGGAAGAGAGUGAGUCCUGUGAUGAUCAUCCACAAAUGGAGUUGGACAGUAAAACAGAGGGUCCCAUGAAAGAAAAUAAUAUAGCGUGGGCAGAAGAACAUGUUGCAGACAGUCUGUCAUUUUCAAAGGAGGUGGAACCCGUGCCACAAGAGGUCCACAUAGAAGGUGGUCCUGAAGAAAAUCUAAAUGUGACUGAUGAAGAUGCAGAGACAGCGAUGGUGUCUGAUGGACUAAAGAAUAAAGAAAAUUUAACAGAAGAGCUGUCGCUUUCGAAGGACCCCACACUACAAGAGGACCUCAUAGUGUGUCAAGUUGAGGAGCAUCGAAAAGACCUACAACGUCAGAUUGAAGAAAAUCUACCAACAAAGGAGUCUGAUAAAGCCCCAGAGAGUCAAACUGAGGAAUACGAAAGAAAGGAUUUGACGCCCACACCAGAAGUUCUUGUCUUUGGGGUUCAUAGCGCCGAGAGUCCAUUUGAUACGUACUCAGAGAAUCAACCUGAAGAGGCAGCAAUGGAAGACAGUCACUCCUGUGAAGUUCUACCAAAGGUGAGUCCCAUAGAAAAUGUGACAGUAGGUCCUGCCGGAGAGCCAUGUGUUGAAGAACAUGCGACAGUGAUGGAAGAACAUUUUGCAAAAGAACUGCCACCUUCAAAGGACCCCACACUACGAGAGGACCUCUCAGAAAGUCAAGUUGAGGAACAUCACAAAGAUCCAGGAAGUCAGACGGAAGAAAAUCCAACAGCAAAGGAGACCCCAUCUGCGGAAUGCGUGAGAGAAGAUCUCACGACACAAGAGGUCGUUGUUGGGAUUCAUCAUACCGUGGGUCCGUUUGAUAGAAAGCCAGAGAUUGAACCUGAAGAAACAGAAAUGGAAGAGUGUCAGUCCUAUGACGUUCUACCACAAAUGGAGUUGGACAGUAAAUCGGAGAGUCCCACCACAGAAAAUGUAACAGGGCAUCCUGAUGGAGAGGCUUGUGUUGGACAACAUCCAGCAGUGAUGGAACAUGUCCCAGAAGGUCUGCCACUUUCAAAGGAAAUGAAAGCCAUGCCAGAAGAUGUCCACGUAGGAGGUGGUACUGAGGAACAUGAUGAUGACGACGCAGAGACAGGACUCAAGACCGAAGAGCUGUCACUUCCAGAGGAACACACAGCAAAAGAGGUCACCAUGGAAGGUCAAGUUGAGGAACAUCUAAUGGAGACUGAUAACAGCCCAGAGCAUCAAAUUGUCACGGCGUCUGAUAGCAACCCAUUGAGUCAGAAUGAAGAAACGGCACCGCCAACAGAGGUAUGCUGUUUUAAUAAAGGUGAGGAACAUCAAAUGGAGUUUGUUGAAGAUUCAGAAAGCCAGACAGAUGUACGUGUGAUAAAUCAGUCAACUUUGGUUGGCCAAUCGCCGGCGCCAUCGGAACACCAGCAGGAGCAGGUGACAACUUCUUGUGAUGGUGUCAACAAAACAACGGAGGCGUCGACAGAUGGGGCAGUCGAUGAGCAAAAUGGAACAAUGGAGGUGUCCUCUGAAUGUGUCACAGUCUCUGUGCUUCCGACAGAUGUGGAAGUGACGUCACAGGAGGAAAUGAACAGGCAACAGACUACGGACGCUACACACAUACCAGCUGUUCAAGAGGAUGUGAUGAAAAGUGUGGAAAAAGAACAUCAGUGCGUUGAAUAUUCUCCGGCACCCAUGACUGAAUCCAACAUCCAGGCUUCCGCAACAAAUGAGAAUGUGGAGCAUCCUGUCUCCUUACAGGAAGUGGACAGCAUUGACGCAACAACAGGCCGAGAUAUUAGUGAAAGAAAUGAAUUUAUGGAACAUGAAGAUAACAUGAAGUUUGAGCACAUUCCAGGCGACGCCCAUCAAGAAUUGAUGAUAAAUGCAAACCUCCAGGAUAUGUCUAAGGUCCAAAAUGAUUCCAAUAGCAGUGGAAAUGAAGACUGUUUUCCAGAGGUGACAUCGGCCCAGAAGUCAAACAUGGAUACCUCAGCGGAAAUAAGUCAACACAGCUCAGAUGUUCCCGAAUGUCAUUCUGUGAUUGCAGCUGACUUCCAGGUGCAGAACGCAGAAGACCUUACCAUGAAACCUCAGCAGGAAACACUCGGUCAGAUGAGCCCGGAACACGUGGGGAUAUAUACUGCAACAACAGAAGACACGCCGUCCGAAGCCCUCAUAGAACAAAGCCAGACGAGUCCAGCAAUGGCCGACACACACCUGUCACCUGACGCUCAGGCAGAACCAUCCCAAAACAUGGAGCAUGAAGACUCUCUUGGAUGCGAGGCUGCUCAGGAGCGUCAGACUACUUUAGCAUCUAUGUCUGCUACGGCAUCAGACACGCAAACCCUGGAAGGUCAAAGGGAAGGAACGACCACAACACAAGAGACACAACUCCAACACGCGACUCAACUGCCUCAGGAGGUCAUGGUAGAUUGUUCUACUAAUAAAGAAGACAUUCAAUGUGAAGCAACAUCAACAGUGGAGUAUCCUCAUCUCACAUCCAUGGAAGAAAACGAGAAGCCUGACGUCACAGAAGUCAGUACAUCUCACAAAGGUGACGUUCAGAAGGUCCCAGAUGUUGCCACAAAUGGCUGUAAUGAAAACAAGCAUUUUGUUGGCGCCUCAGCGGAUCUCCAAACAUCAGCAGCCGGGGACGCCAGUGACUCCUUUCAGAAAGGUCUGGAUGUUUCAAGCUCUGAGGAACAGGAGGCCAUGGAGGAGGCAGUCACCAAGAGUUUGAACGCUGCAGUAAGCAAAGUAGAAGCUGACAUGCCGACAGCAGCAGCACCAGAUUUCAUCUCUCAUCCAGCUCCUCCAUUCCAGAGCAUCGGUGAACUUCCUCAUGUGAAAGUAGACCUUCCAGUGGUUUCACUCAGUGAUGCAGCUGUAACUGAGACUGCUGUGGUGCAACACAUCCAUGAAGGAGAGAAGGUCACCUUGGUGAAUGACAAAUCCAUGCUUGAUGUGGGGAAUAACCAGGAGGAAAACACACAUCUGGAGCACAUGGAUGUUAUCAGCAAAACUACAGUAGAAUCUUUAAUGGAAGAUAACACAGGAAAGCAAGAAGUCAAAGAAGAGGAUGCAAUCAUUCCUGCUGAGAGAGCCGACGUCCCCCUCAGAGAAGCAUCCGGAAGCAGUGGAGUUGAAGCGUUUGUUUGUGACCAAUCAGAGGCCUCUGCUACUGUGCUUUACGCCCCAGAAGAGCAGAGUGACACAGUCAGUCAAAGCCAGAUUGUGUACGAGCCCAUUAGCAGUCCAGAGAGUAACGGUGAUGGGGAUGCUUUGGAGAAGCAGAAUUUGGUGUCUAUGGAAGACGUGGACACGAGUAAAUCGCAGAUGGGAAAUGAGGAACUGACCGGAGAGGAACAAGCAGCAGAUGAACCGAUGGAGGUAGAGCAUAGCACCACUGUUGCAGAGCAGAAUUCCACGGCUGCGGUCAUGAGCUCAAGCGUUGCUGUUAGCACGCCAGUAGAUGAGGUUGCACAGGAAGAAGAUGGAGUGUCUCCAGAGCCGAAGUGUGUCCUGGCUGUAGACCUUUGUGCACAGGUGCAAGAGGACACCCCAGCCGUGCCUGCGGUGGACAUUACAGAUGGUGCGGCUGAGGAGUAUGUCAUCCUCCAGCCAGUACUCGAGAGCAAAAUUCCCUUUGAUAUUGUCUCUCAAGCUGCCGCUGCAUCAGGUCUUUCCAGCCCCUGCUUUGACCACAUGCAUCCGGACGAGGCAUUUGUGGCAGACGUGGAAGGUGAAACCGCUUCAAACGGACCCCAAGAGACCCUCAUCCCAGAGGCCGAAGUGCAUCCAUGUCAAGCACCCACUCAGGUUGCCGAUGUUGACGGUGAGGGGGCAGAUGAUGGCGUAAGCGCUCCACCUGUAGAGGAAGCUACUCAGCUUCUUGAAACGCCAGACCAAUUCCUUCAGCCAUCAGAGUGUGGCGAGGGUCAAUUUGCCCUACAGGAAGUGCAAAUUCUGGAGGACAUGGAGCUCGGCCAUGAGAUUGUGGUGGCCGAGGAGGACAAUGAAGAAGAUAGUGAUGUCACCAUUGUAGAAAAAACAGCUGAAACAGUUGAAGCACCUCCUCUUCAAAAGCCUGCAGAAACGCUGGGUGACAAAAAGGAGCAUGAAGCUGAUUCCAAGCCAGACAAUGACACUGAAAAGAAAGACCAUCAGAAGACCCCAGAGGCUGAGAAACCCAGAAAGCAAGAAAUGAACACCCAAGCAAAGACCAAAGCUCGUCUUGCGGCUUUAGCAGAGCAGAAAGCUGCCGCCAUGAAAAAGGCUGCCAACAAACAGCAGCUGAACCUCUUGGCCUUGUGUCAGGAAAUAGCUGAGGACAUCGCCACAGACAGCAUGCUGUUAAAGAGGAUCGAGGAAGAAAAGCAAGCAGCAGCCAAAGGUGAAGCCAGCAGGAAGGAGAAUCCACCUGUAAGCGCACAGGAAGUAGCCACCGCUGACGCCAAGCCUCCCGCUGAACCAGAAAGCUCCUCGGCUUUGGGAACCCCCGCUGAGGAGACACCUGUGGUGCAGCCAUCAGCUCCCGUGUCCAAACCUCACGAGGACCCCCCAAAGAGGCGCUUCUUCGUCUCCCAGGUUACAGUGCCCCUGAAGGCCCACGAGAAAAAGAAGUUGACGCGCUAUCAAAGACUGAGACAGGUUGAACUGCAGCGGGAGAAGAUGUCCUGGGCUCGCAUGAAGAAGAUGAAGACGGACCAAGCCAAUCAAAUGUUGUCAGACAUGGACUGGCAAGCUUCCAUGUUCACAACUGCUGCUUCUGCCAAUGCAGUGAACACUGAUGCUGCACCCGCACCCAAAGACACUUCCUCCUCUCCUCCAAGUCCCGUCUUAAGCAGCAAACCUGCAACACCCACAGCAGACGUUCCUCAGCCUGAGAUUGCAAAGCCUGAAACUGUUAAAGGGGAACCACCUCAAGUCGAAGCUCCCAAGGCGGAACCUGAUGCUAAAACUGACCCCAUAAAACCGGAAACACCGCAGACUGAACCUGCUAAAGUUGAAAACACAAGAAUAACAAGGCAAAGUAAGGCUCAGACCUCAAAAGCGACGCCGCCUCCCGCUCCCUCCCCAAAAGUGACCAGGUCGUCAACCAGAAGGUCACUGCCAGCUGUGCCCCCCCCAAUGCCCAACGGACUGAAAGCCCCCAAGCCCAAGCCUGUAGAGUACAAGCCAUACAAACCACGGCCCAGGUAUUCACCUGAUGAUUUUGAACUAGAUGAUGACCCCUUACCGGCGCCUCCCAAGAAGUCCAGUCCCCUAUGCAGGACUUCCCAAGUCAUCGGUCAGUCUAGUCCUCUGGCCCAGCCUAAAGCCACACUUCCUGCAAAGCCAUCACAGGUUCCGAACCAGUCCCAACGUCAACCUUCAGUCGUUCCUGGUGGACACAUGUCAGGUCAGUCCAAGUCUUCUAUUUCAACAACCACUCAGUCAAAGCCUUGCAGUCCUUCUCCCGGUCCACGACGUGCCAGUGCCACAACCCCCCAGUUUCCAUCCCCGGUUGCGGCCCCUUCUACAAAUGCAACGCAAGCAAAGGCGAGUGAGACCCAAAGUGCAGCAGCUUCUGUUUCGCCCAAACUUAAAGCUGCCGGUGCAGGUCCCACCACACCUUCAGUGCCAUCAAACACAGCCCAGGCAAAACUGACUGAUCCGACCUCGGAUAAAGGUUCAGGUCCUCCCAAACCUCGUCUGGUUGAGCCUGCAUCAGACACUGAUAGCAAAGAGGCUCCUGCUUUGCAUUCAUCAGGUUCACCUCCUCCAAAGGAGAGCUCAGAUCAGUUGAAUGUGCAGAAAUGUGAAGAAAAGCCAGCAGUCAGCGAUGUGGAUCAGUGCCCACAGGCCGAACGCGUCAAGACAGCACAGGAGACAUCAGAAAGGCCUUUUCAAGACGGCGCCGUCAAGCAGCACGGUGGAGAGACUCCUCUGACCGACGCUUGUCUGCAGAGAGAAGUCAGGAAACUCAAAGAGGCUGACAAAGAUGGCACCCAAACUAUUAUUGAUGCAGGACAGAAGCACUUUGGGGCGGUGGCCUGCAAUGUGUGUGGGAUGCUGUACUCCGCCGCCAACCCCGAGGAUGAAUCUCAGCAUUUACUCUUCCACAACCAGUUCAUCAGCGCUGUUAAAUAUGUGGGAUGGAAGAAGGAGAGGAUCCUGGGAGAAUUCCCAGAUGGGAAGAUCAUUCUAGUCCUGCCAGAUGAUCCCAAAUACGCUCUCAAGAAGGUUGAAGAGAUUAGAGAGAUGGUGGACAAUGACCUGGGCUUCCAGCAGGUGGAGACCAAGUGUCCCUCGCAGACCAAAACCUUCCUCUUCAUCUCCAACGACAAGAAAGUGGCAGGCUGCCUCAUCGCAGAGCACAUUCAGGAGGGCUACCGGGUGAUCGAGGAGCUCGCACCUGGCGGCUCAGAAGGAGAGAAGGUGAUGUUUGAGCGCCAGAGGGCUUGGUGCUGCUCCACCACGCCCGAACCAGCCAUCUGCGGGAUCAGCCGCAUUUGGGUGGUCAGCAUGAUGAGACGCCGCGGCAUCGCCUCCCGCUUGGUGGAGUGCCUCAGGAACAACUUCAUCUACGGUUCCUACCUGAGCAAAGAUGAGAUCGCGUUCUCCGACCCGACCCCCGAUGGGAAGCUCUUCGCCACACAGUACUUUGGCCUCUCAGAGAAGAGCGUUGACGGCCUGCCCUGACCUGCCCUGAUGACUGCCUUGCAGAACAGUGACGCCUAGUGGCCACUCGGAUGUUUGGUAUCGAUGCAGUGUAAAAGGUCAAAGGCUGCCAUGUUUUGUUCUCAUUCCUAGUGCAUUCCUCAACGCUCCUGUCACAACACUUGCCAGCUCGGUGGUAACAAAACAAGCUUGGAACAACACAGCAGGCUUUCCCAAGAAAGAGGGUGCGGAAACAAGCUCCUCCUGAGAGACGUGAUAGUCAUCAGCCAAGAGAAAAGCCAAGGGGUCUGCACAGUCCUGGGAGAGCCAUAACUCGGCUGUAUUUUGAUGUCAUCAUCUUCAUAACUGCUUUGACUGAAAACUCCAUUCCCGAGCAACGGCGCGUCCUCGUCUUGGUCGUCAUCAGUCUUGUCCUUGCUGAUGGUGUCACUGGAGGAACCAGCGUUAUGUAAAUCCAUGAUGUCCUGUUGUGACUCCAGCUCAGGUAAACAAGUCAUGUUAAGCUGAUUUGCCACACCAGAACGUGUCAGGGUGGUCGUCCAAUGGAGGGUUUCUUCCUCCUUGAUUGUAAGCCGCACCUUCAUCUCCACUGUCAUGCUGCCAUCCUGGUUCACCCGAAAUGACUUCUCGAUGUCGUCCUCAGCCGGCGCCUCAACAUCAGCAUCCGUCUCCGCAACGGACUCCAGCACAUGUCCGGACUCGUACUCGAUGGAGUUGGUGGGGUUGCUGGGUAUUUCGCAUGAGCUCUCCAUGAGGGAGUUGUGGAUCUUGUUCACGAUGUACCUCUCAGAGGAUGUGGAGAAGUUUCUUGACUUGUAUGACAAAGACUUCUUUUUACCUUCAGGUCAAGUUCAUGGAAGGUGAUGGUUGAAAAAGGUCCAUGGAGGCAUGGAAGAAGGAAAAGCGAGAGGGAGAGUUAGACUGACGGCAUAUGUAGGUCAUCUCGGGUGUUCUGCAUGAUAUCAUUGGCUUAGCACUUUCUCAGGCUUUAUCUUAUGCGAGCAGGUAGAUUACCGCAUAGCACGGGUCGUGUGACUGAAGCGUCCGUCAGACUGACAGUCUUGAAAUGAAUUCAACUUACGGCUCAAAGCCUUCAGUCUCCUGGCAGACGGCCGCGUUGACGCUGGUGAUUUUUGGCUGUAGUAGUUUGCGGGCCUGAAAGGCUCCUUGCCUGCAGCCACCACCAUCCCCGAGCACAGGAUCAAUCCCGGGAGUCCUUCCACCUGCGGCGUACAAAGCAAAAGUGAAAAUGUUUUGCAUCGGGUUGUACCUGGAAGUGUAAUAAAAGUACAUUGCACCUUGCAGUACUGGAAGGUUCUCCUUGACCAGUAGCCUUACAGGGCAGUAUCCCACAAUGCUGUGCGUGGGAUUAGGGUGAGUUACUAAAGAAGCUUAGCACUUUCCCCUUAUGGGGUUGCCGUUUACAGUGCAGGUCUAACUAAGUCCUAUAUGGGUCAUUAAUGCUGCUUCCCAAACAGGAAACUGUACUGCACUUACACGUCUGCCGUCAGGUGUGUGCAGCUUCACCACAUGGAACUGCAACAUCUCUGAAAUGUACUCCAGAAUCCACUCAAACGUCGCCGUGCUCCUCUUUCGGAGCACCACCAGAUGUUUGACAGAAGGGUCCCCGUUGCGGAACACCAGCAGCCUUUUGGGCGUGUGCACAAGCACCGGUUCCUGCCUGCGCAUGGUCCAGCCCGGGAAAGCCCUGGCCAGCGGCGCCGUCCGGCGGUGACGGUGGGCGCUAAUAGGCCUGGCGUGGUACCAGGGCGGCAGCUUCUUCCUGGCCAGCGCCAGGUUGACGGGUUUGACCUUCCGGCUGUCGGAGCAGAUGUAGGACUUGCCAUCCUCCAGCUCGUCCAGCGUGUUGAUGGCGUGAACCCCACGUGGGGUGGUGAUGUUCCUCACACCGAAUGGCAGGGGCACCUUUUUAGACAGGCUGUCCAGGAGCGCGUCAAAUGUCUUAAAGGUCCGAUUGUUGACCACCAUGCGUAAGCCACUGAAUUGAGGGUCUCCGCUCUUGUAGAAGCAUACCCUCUUUGACAGAAUGGGGUUGAUGACAUUGGGAUGGCGAGGGGUGCCGAAAGUGUGCAGACUCCCCGAUGACUGAUCAGGGGGGAUCCUGCGAUGGGCCGUGUCGUUCAUUGUUGCUGAUUGGCUGCAAGAGAAGAAGAUACAAGUUUUAGGUCAUAAACUCCAACCAGGGGGAAUUUUUGAGCGUCAGCAUUACAGACGGUAAAGCCAUCGUGUCUUGGGUGGUGGUUGUCAUGGUGAAAUGUUGUCAUCGGUCCAGGCUCUGUGAAGCGUCCGCACCGCGCUCUCCAUCCUGAUGGCUGCCCAGGCUCUCGCGCAGCAACACUUUAUUUCGGGAGACACCACGGCGGGGAUCAGCCCACCAGCGAUGACUUCAUCCCAGCCCGUCACUGGAAUGUGCCGAAGCAUAACGGAAUCACUCCCAGCUGCUCCUCCAGAUCUGUCCUCCCGUCCAACGCCGCCUCGGCGAGGGCUACCGACCGUAGCGUCACGUGGAGCAUCUGUCGCAGCUCCUUCUGGAGGCCGCCGUGCGAGAGAAGCGGUUAACAUUCCCAAACCUCGCAGCUGCCAGGAAUUCAAUUAGAAGGCGCGCAGCUGCACUGGGACCCGCAGCACUUCAAUUACAC